UCGCGAACAAGUGCGGAAGGAGCCGAGAGCUUCCGGAGAGCGGCGAGUGGUGCCGGCCGGCGGCCGCAGAUUCGCCGGGUGCUGAUCGUGGGCUGGUGCCGCCGCGAUGUCCCUGCUGUGUUACAACAAGAGCUGCGGGCAGCGCUUCGACCCCGAUGAGAACAGCGAUGAUGCCUGUACUUACCAUCCUGGUGUACCUGUUUUUCAUGACGCAUUGAAGGGGUGGUCUUGCUGUAAGCGACGAACCACGGAUUUUUCAGAUUUCUUGAGUAUUGUGGGUUGCACCAAAGGACGGCACAACAAUGUAAAGCCCCCAGAGCCAGUGAAGCCUGAAGUGAAGACCUCUUCAGAAUCAGUGACAAAACCCAAAAUUAAUGAGAAUGUUGUCCAGAACAGAAAACCAGUUGAAACAAUUAUAAGACCAAGUCCAGAUGCUCCAAUGGUAAAAUUGGAACAAAAGGUUUCUCUAACAUUGAAGAAAGCACUGGAAAAACUAGCACUAACUGUUAACAAUGGAUCAGAAAAUAAAGGACCAGAAACUAAAGAAAUAAUGAUUGGAACCACAUGUAAAAAUGCAGGUUGUAAUAAGACUUUUCAAGAUACAAGCAGCAAUGAAGAGAUAUGCGUCCAUCACUCUGGAGUGCCCAUUUUCCAUGAAGGAAUGAAAUACUGGAGCUGCUGUAAGAGGAAAACUUCAGAUUUCAAUUCUUUCCUGGCCCAGGCAGGGUGCACUCAAAGCAAACAUGUGUGGAUCAAAGUAGAAACUGGUGAUAAAAUUGUAGCUUGUCGACAAGAUUGGCACCAGACUGGAGGACAAGUCACAAUUACAAUUUAUUCCAAAAAUGCUAUCCCAGAACAAAGUUAUGUUGAAGCUAACAGCACGGUGCUGAAUAUCCACAUUAUAUUUGAAAGGGAUCAGAAAUUUGAACAGAGAUUGAAUUUAUGGGGUGUUAUUGAUGUUAGUAAGAGUCAAAUGAGCAUGACACCUGUGAAGGUUGAAAUUACUAUGAAGAAAGCUGAGCCUGUAUUAUGGUCUCGACUUGAACUACCUGCGCCUGAGCCUCAGAAGGAAGUCCAGCCACAGGGAUCAAGUGAUGAAGAAGAUUGAAUGAAACAAAGAGCAAUAGAGGAUUGUGAAAUGGUGACAUGGACAAUAAGGAGUAGAGAACUUAUUGUUGAAGUUGGUUUAUUAUGAUAUACUUAUGUUAUGUUCCAUUUUGGAAAUAGUUUUUUCACUGAUUGCUUGCCUUAUAUUUGGGUGCAGACUUAUGAACAUAUUACAUCUUGCUCUAGAUUUAAACUGCAAAGAUGUGCAUUGUUUAACCUGUGUAACUCAAUUAUGCAGCACAUAUCAUGGCCAAAUCUAUAGCAGCAUCUUCAAUGACUGAAAUUAAUAUAAUGGAAAAUGAUUGUUAAUGCUCAUCUAUCAGAUGAUAUUUUACAUGGCCUUGUUGAAUCACAUUUACUCCCUGCUGAAAUGAAAUAAUCUACUGAAUUUUUCUCAGUAAACUGGUAAUAAAAAAACUAGGGUAAUAAUUACUAGUUUUUAUUGGCAAUCUAGGAGAAGGGAUUGGUGUAAAAGAAAUCAACACUUAGUCCCUUGAAGGGUUUUACAAAAACAUAAUUCUGGAAAACUUAGGACACAUGAAGAAUAGCAGCUAACAUUUCAGAUCCAGGCCUCUUCAUUAGACAGAAUGAAACAAGUUAGUCAGAGAUGGUGGAGAGCAAAGAAUGGAACAAAAGUAAUUUUUUAAUAUAUAAUAAGCAGUUAUGGUGAACCACUGCUUUAAUGUGUGGUACAGUUGAAUAGUUUGACUUUACAAACAUUAUGACGGAAAUGGCCAGUUCUUGUUCAAAUAGCAAGUAUCUAAAAUUGUUGAACUUAGUCCUGCAGGGUAGGUACUAGGAAUUGAAUGGCCUUUUUUUUUAAAUUGCUUUUACCAGUCCAACAACUUGCCAGCUUCUCAAUCUGAAUAGCUGCACCAGAAUUCUAAAACUGUUAUUUAAUUAAAUUUGGGAAGAACUGGGAGAAAUCAACUCUUCACAUUCUCUGCCUCCUCCAUCUCUGCUCACUUUCUGCUUACCUACCUGUUAAGAUCGAGGCCAAAGCCCUUUGCUAUUCCUGGUGCAUGCACAAAACUUAUGUUUUUCCUCCUUUUGUCCCACAUCACUUGUACACAGUAUUGCAUUUGUCCAUGGAAUAUAAAUACAGUCGUCCCUCGGUAUCCACAGGGGAUUGGUUCCAGGAUCCCCUGCGGAUGCUCAGCUCCCUAUAUAAAAUGGCGUAGUAUUUGCAUUUAACCUACGCACUUCCUCCCGUAUACUUUAAAUCAUCUCUAGAUUACUUAUAAUACCUAAUACAAUGUAAAUGCUAUGUAAAUAGUUGUUAGACUAUUGUUUAGGGAAUAAUGACAAGAAAAAAAGUGUACAUGUUCAGUACAGACGCAACCAUCGUAGCUCUUCUGAGAACGCUGAUGCCGAUUCCCUCGUGAUCUUUAAGUUCUUGAGGCUGUAGUGCAUUACCUGGCUAGCCAGCCAUCCCUUACUAGCCUUAAACUCCUUCCUCUCGCUCACAAGUAGUGAAUGAAUGAGAUGUGAGGCGAACAAUGCUCAAACGACGAGUGCUGGAGAAAGACUGAGGAUCUGUGAAAUGGCAGUAGGCUACAGCAGGGUAUGCCUACACAUCACUUCAUUUGUGUGGAUUCAGCGUAGUGCUCAGCACAUGGCAAAUUCAAGUUUUGUUUUUUGGAACUUGCUGGAAUUUUUUAUUGAAUAUUUUCGAUCCGUGGAUGCAAAGGGCCGACUGUAUCUUAACUUUGACUCGUCAUCUAGUUCUAUCCUUUGUCCCCAUUCCAUCAUAAUAUUAAAUAAUUGUAUUUCCAUUGGUGUAAUGAAAACAGCCCAACUUUUUGCAUAUUACCUGCAUUCCCUUAUACUGCCGAGUAGUUCAGUAAGCACUAUAAUUUUUAAUGUUAAUUUGAAACUAAAGGACAUACUUCAGAUUUCUUUCAAUCAUGUAUUAAUUCCUGUGUAUCCUUUAGAAAUUCAGCUUCAAUAAAACUCAAAUGUUAAUAAAAAAAAUUUCUCCAUUAUAUUAGCAAAUGAUUGAUGUUGUUCUGACAUCAAUCAAUUCCUUCAGGCAUUUCAGCCUUGUCAACCAACUAGGAAAACAAACAAUUCAGGAGAAACAAUGCAAACAUAAACAAAUUAUUAAUCUAAGAUGAUGUAAGCACUAUGCCAGAUUGAUAAGGUCAAGGUGCCAAGGCUGGAGGUGAGGGACAGGCCUGUUCAGUUUGCUCCUCUGUGAGGUUUACUCAUCACUGCGCUGUAUUGAGACACACUUUGAUUUGUUUUUAUUUCAUUCUCUGCACAUUGGAUGUUUAACAGUCUUUUUAAUGGGUUCUAAUGGAUCUCUUUGUUUUGUGGCUCCCUGUAUGGAGACAAACAUCAAGCUUGUGGUUCUAGAAAGUCUGUGACUUUUAGACUUUUCUCUAUUUCUGCAUAAAUAUGACCCAAAAUGUGAUCAGGUCUUCAUGCAAGUCCUAAAACUAGAUAAACAAUCUAAUUAAAUUAAUAAAAACAUCUAUACAGUCAGCCCUCUUUAUCCACGGGGGAUUGGUUCUGAGACGCCCACCGUGGAUACCAAAAAACGAGGAUGUCCAAGUUACUUUAUUUAACCAUUCUCAGUGUGGUGGACAUUAGGACCCGGCGGAGCUGCUCUGGAUCCGCAGUGUUUAUUUUCACGAAAGUAACCACGAUUACGAUUGAAAAUAAGGUGGAAGUAAUAAAGCGAUCAGAAAGAGGUGAAAAGCCAUAGGUCAUUGGAAAAGUAUUAGGCUACAGUCAGUCAACGAUCAGAACAAUUUUAAUGGAGCAUGUGAAAGGCUCUGCCCUGAUGAAAGCUACAAUUAUUACUAAGCAACACAGUGGCUUAAUUAUUGAAAUAUGUAUGUUUCUUAAGUGUUUUAUAUGCAUAGAAAGGUAAAAUAUGUACUAUAUACUUAGAAACGUUUGACUAACUGACGCUAAAUAAUACUGGAUGUACCUGUUCCGACUUAAAGACAGACUCAGGAAUGGAACUCAUUCAUAACCUGGGGACUGCCUGUACUUUUAAGUCAUUUCUAGAUUACUUAUAAUACCUAAUACAAUGUAAAUAGUUAUUACACUAUUGUUUAGGGAAUAAUGACAAGAAAAAAUAGUCUGUACAUGCUCAAACAACGAGUGCUGGAGAGAGAACUUAUGGGUUUUCCCGAUCGAAGGUUGGUAGAAUCCGCGGAUAAGAAGGGCCAACUGUUUUUUAUUUAUCGAGGAAAAAUGAUCCAAUAUUACAAGUAUUUGUUGGAAAAAGUAUGUGAAGCUUUGCUUUCGGUAACUGGUGUGACCCCCUUGUACAGCAAUAACUUAAAUCAAUUUAACGUUUCUGGUAACUAUUGAUCAGUCUUGCAGCUUGAAGGAAUUUCAGGCCAUUCCUCCUUACAAAACUGCUUCGGCUGUGGGAUGUUGGUGGAUUUCCUUGCAUGAACUUUGUGCUUCAAGUACUUCUACAACAUUUCUGUAGGGUUAAGGUUAGGGCUUUGAGUCAGCUAGUCUGUGAAAUUUCUUCUGCUUUAACUAUUCUUUGGUAGACUAACGUGUUUAGGAUCAUUGUCUUGCUGCAUGACCCACUUUCUCUUGAGCUUCAGUUCACAGACAGAUACCCAAAUUCUACAGGAAUAUGUCAGGGUGCAAUUUAGAAUUCAAAGUUCCAUCAAUGAUAGCAAGCCGUUCUGGUCCUGAGGCAGCAAAACAGGCCCAAACCAUGACACUGCCACCAGCAUGUUUCACAGAUGGGAUGAGGUUCUUAUACUGAAAUGCUGUGUUUGCUUUUCACCAAACAUAACACUUCUCAUUUAAGCCAAAAACUUCUAUUCUGGACUCAUCUGUCCACAGGACAUUCUUCCAAUAGCUUUCUGGCUUAUCCAUGUGGUCUUUAGCGAACUUUAGACGGGCAACAAGAUUCUUGGAGAAUGGCUUUCUCUUUGCAAUCAAUCCUUCCAUACACAUCAUUGUUGUUCAAUGUUUGCAUGAUGGUAAGCUCAUGAACAGUGACAUUAGCCAAUGCAAGAGAGGCCUGUAGCUCCUUAGGUGUUACUGUGGGGUUCUUUGGGACUAUCUGGAAUAUUACUUGCUCUUGGAGUGAUUUUUGUUGGCCAACCACUCCUUGGGAAAGAAACAAAGGUGUUGAAUUUCUUCCAUUUGUACACCAUCUGCCUGACUGGAUUGGUGGAGCCCAAACUCUUUAGAAAUUGUUUUGGAUCCUUUUCCAGCCUGGUGAGCAUAAGCAACUUUUUUUUUUCUGAGCCCCUCAUAAAUCUCCUUUGAUCAAGGCAUGGCACAGUUUUAAAAACCUGUAUGGUCAAGAUCAGGCUUUGAUAGUGAGGACCCUGGUUUAUGUUCUUUAAAUAGGGCAGGGCCUCCCACACUCACACCUGAUUGUUAUCCCAUUGAUUGAAACAUGGGUCUUUAAUUUCCCCUUAAAUGAACUGAUACCCUAAAGGUUCACACGCUUUUUCCAACAAACUCAUAAUAUUGGAUGAUUUUUUUUCAACAAAUGAAGUAUAAUUUUUUUGUGUUAUUUAAUUAAUUUGGUUCUCUAUCUAGUUUUGAGACUUGCACGAAGACCAGAUCACAUUUUAGGUCCUAUAUAUGCAGAAAUAAAGAAAAUUCUAAAGUGUUCACAAACUUUCUAGCACCACCAUACAUUCUUUGAUAAUAAAUGCACUUUGAACUUCAAAACAAACAUAUCAUUACUGAAACAUGCAUUAAUGGUAAGUGUAAUACCCUGGUUCACCUUUUUACUGUUAUGCUGUCGGUACUUCGUUCAGCAAUUUUGUUAGUUUGGGUUAUUGUUGAAGAUUAGGGAUGAUGUGGAAUGUGGCCCAUCCAAUUAGCAGGUAGGUGGUUUUUUUUUGGUAAAGGACAGUAAGGUUGGUUUUGGGCUUUUGUUCGAGCGCAGAUGAAGAGAGAAGAUGCUGGGAAGAACCAGUUGUAGCAUACGAUUCCGUGGGAGACCCGAUUGUUCAAGAUGGAUUGCCAGCGAUGUUUGUGUUGACCGAGGGUCCGGUGUGUGAGUGACAGAGAAGUUCAAUAUGAACUCCAACUUGUGCAUAUUUGACUGUUUCAUUAGAAUGGGCCAUUUCCUAUUUUGUUAUUCUUUACUAAACCU